AUGGAGGAUAAGCGGGAGACGGGUUGGGAGGAGGAGAACGGGAUGGAGAGGGGAGGAAGAGUGGAGGGAGGUGGAAAGGAGGGGGAUGGAAAGGAGGAGGGUGGAUUUAAGGGUGGUGAGAAGAGGGGUGGUGGUGCCUUGGGCGGUGGGGGCAAUGGCAGCGCGGCUGCUGAUGCUGCUGCACCAGCAGAGGGAGAUGGGAAGGGGGGUGAUGCUAAGGUGGGAGAUGAACACGGGGGGUGGAUUAGGAAGGGUGGUGAGGUGGGGGGUGAUGAGAAGGGGGGGGAGGAUGAGAAGAUGGGAGAUGAGGGGGCAGAUGUGCAAGGAGGGGUUAUCGAGGUUGUGACAACAGUGCCACCCACUGCACUGGCUGAGGCAGAAAUUGGCACCCAGCGGCACCGCGCUCUUAUCGAGUCUGCUAGUAACGAGAAUGCCCUCAUGGACCCGUCGAUUAGCCGGCAGCAGGGCGCAACUGUGGUGUCAUCAUCUCCCCUUGGAACGAUCUCUCAUAAGGGCGUUAUUGCGGUGCCAUCAUCAACCCUCGAGACGGCGUCUCACAAGGGCGCAAUCGUGGUGUUAUCAUCUCCCGAGGGCCAGGGUGCUGCUGCUGCCACCCCACACCCGUGCUCCCCCCCCCCGCCCGUUUAUCUUCACCAGGGACCGCUGCCAACAGUGGUUGGACCGGUAAGUUUUUGCUGUACGAGUUGUUAA